UAGUUCUACAUACCCUUUUAAGACUCCACCUCCUGGACACCAGUAUCUUCAGCUGUCCAUUUUGAGGCAUCAAACAGAACUUCCUGUUAAUGCUGACGAUGGCAAGGCUGUGGCACGUCCUGCUCCUGUGCUGGGCAUGGAGCCCUCUGUGCCUUUCAUCCAGUGUGAGCUUCAUUGGUACACCAGAGGAGUGUAAAAAGGCUCACUUUGUCCCUGGUUACAACCUGGCUGGAGAAGGCUUUGACAUUGUGACGAUGGAAAGAAAAGGCGCAUAUGUCAUCGACACUGAAACGUGGAAACUUCAAGAUGGCACUUGCAGAAUGUACCAAAACAGCUACAUGAAUCAGGUAAAACAGAAGGUCCCUGUCGCAGUGCUGGACUGGAGAAUGCUCCCCAAGUGCAGUUUAUCAGUCUCCAGUACACUCUAUGAUUCUGCUGAAACGCUUGCUAAUGAUUCCACAUCAUCUGUGUCCAAUGACUGGAAAGUUGGCCUUGAAAUUCCUGUUUCUGGUAGCGUUGGACUUGGGAUUGGUUUUGGAGGCUCCCACUCCAAAGAAUCUACCUUCGCCAUGCAAAAGUCAAAACAAGAUCGCUACACUUUCUUUCGCCAUUCUGUCAAGUGUAACUUCUACAGUUACAGACUAAAAGCAAAUCCUCCACUGAGUCACGAUUUUGAGUCAGUUGUGAAGGCCCUUCCGUAUUAUUCAUCUGCAACCAAGCAUUUAUACCGGAAUUUGGUUGAGACAUAUGGCACACAUUACAUCACACAAGUGUAUCUAGGAGGAGAAAUGAAGGCCAUCACUUCUAUCCAGACCUGUCAGGCGGCCAUGAAUGGCCUGUCAGCUACAGAUGUCAGCGACUGUCUCACAGUGGAGGCCUCAGUUAGUGUCAUGAGCUCUGCCAGCAUUAAAACCAUGAACAAAAAUUGCGAGGCACUGAAAAGGAAGUUAAACCAUGGGCAAAGUUUCGGCAGUACAUUUAGUGAGAGAUACACAGAGAUCAUCGGUGGACACAUUAACGGAGCUGAUAUCCUCUUUCAAGGGCAAUCAACAUACGUUAUGAGGGACUGGGUCAACUCUCUUAAAUCCAUACCUGAUGUGGUCCGAUACAAUAUAAAGCCCAUGCACAUGAUUCUGCCGAGCGGCCAUUAUGCCAGGGCGGGACUGAAGCUAGAGGUGGAAAAGUACAUUAAGAAAAACGCAUUGAUGAAAAAAUGUUCCGAAACCUGUAAGAUUGGAUACAGAUCCAGCAGAAGAGAUCCUUGCGCUUGUGUCUGUAAUAGUAAUAAAAAUAUCAAGUCGAACUGCUGUCCUGCUGGGAAAGGUCGUGCAACAUUGAAGGUGUUCAAUCUUUAUGCAAAGAAACUAUAUGGAGACCAGUGUACUCAGACAGAUGGUUCAGUAGAGCUUAAAUAUGGUUACCAGAUAAAGCACACUGCUAUUAUACCAAACAAUGAUAAUCCCAAAUGGUCGGAGGUAUUUGAGUUUGGACCAAUCACAAUUAACAUGAGAGACAAAUUGGUGUUAAAUGUAUACGACGAGGAUAGUUACUGGAACAGUGAUCAUCUUGGGAAGUGUCAGGUUAAGCCACGUAAAGGCUGGUGGAAUUACAGCUGCAUGCUUAAUCACGGUACAUUCUUCUUUUCCUGCAAAGUGGAGUGUGCACCAAGCCUAGGUGGUGACUACUGUGACGAGUAUAUCCCCUCACCCAUGAGUCCCUCUUUGGCCAGAGUCUUUCAUACCAGAAACGGUAUCCUUAUUGGAGAAACUGGUGAGCAGCAUGGCAAAUUAGUCAAGCCAGGAGUUGAAGUAGGACAAAGGGAGACUAUGUGAUGCAUACAUUACUUUUAUAUUGUUGCUUCUCAUUUCUGCUUAACUGCUUGUGAUGUGGAACCAUUCCUGCCUCAUAUAGUAAUCGCAAAUAUAUUGGUACUGCAUUCAUGUAUUCUUAUUAAAAAACAUGCCAGUAAAGCAGUCACAAAAACAA